UCCUUCCUUCAGACAACCUACAAGGGAAAAUCAUCCUUCCAGACUUAUUCCGACUAUCGCAAAUGGGAAACCUUCCUUCAAGAGCAGAUCCGGCAGUUUCCGGAAGGAUCCUCGCUACGCCGCGGUUUUCAGACCUGUGAGCAUUGGAAGCAGAUCUUCAUGGAAAUCAUAGGCGUGCAAAGUGCCCUUUUCGGCCUCAUCCUUUCCCUGGUGAUCUGCAUUGCCGCUGUCGCCCUUUUCACCACUCACCUUCUCCUCCUGCUUCCUGUCUUGCUCACCAUUUUAGGCGUCGUCUGUCUUGUGGUGACUGUCAUGUACUGGUCGGGCUGGGAGAUUGGGGCGGUGGAAGCCGUUUCGCUCUCCAUCCUGGUGGGCUCCUCGGUGGACUACUGCGUGCAUCUGGUGGAGGGCUUCCUUCUGGCUGGGGAGAGCCUCCCCCCACACCUGGCAGAGCCCAACCUGAACCUGAACAAUAUUUCGGAGCCAUCUUGGUGUAUGUCACCAUCUGAAAUGUUUGCUGAGCUAAAGAUGGGUCCAAAAUUUGAUCGGCAAUUUGGUCCAGCGACUGGAAUUGAGAAUCCAAGCUAG